ACACUCUCAACUCUCUCCCCUAAAAAAAAACCCUGUAACCUAAUCACCUCAUCACCACCAAUCCUGUCGACGGCCACCACCACUCAUGCCGCCGGCCACGAGCACCAUCACCAACUUCGCCACAACCACCACCAUCCUUGUAACCAACACCGUCGGAAUCGAAGCCAUGCGGUUCACACCGUCGGAAUUGAGUGACGAGUUGUAGGUCGGAUGCUGAGUGAAAUAAACCCUAAAUUGAAGUAAUUGAAGGUUGUGAUCAAUUUGUAUUGCCAGCUACGCACACUACAGCUUACUUGUUUUGAUGAUGGAAGGUUUACAGAGGCAACUGCAACGUGACCGUGGUUUAACAGUUUCCACACUUCCAGACAAAGGUCGCUGCCUCUUCACCACUCGAGACUUCUCUCCAGGAGAAAUUAUAUUAAGUGAAGAACCUUAUGUCUCUGUACCAAAUAAAAGUUCAGCGGAAUCGAGAUGUGAUUGGUGUUUUACAUCAAGUAAUAUAAAGAGGUGCUCAUCUUGUCAUGUUGUAUGGUAUUGUGGGAGCAGAUGUCAGAAAUCUGAUUGGAAGCUGCACCGUCUCGAAUGCCAGCUGCUUUCCCAGCUAGAGAAAAAUAGAAUACGAUCACUUACACCUUCUAUACGUUUGAUGGUUAAACUUUACCUCAAGAAGAAGUUGCAGGAUGAAAAGGUGAUCCCUACUACUGUGAUGGACAACUACAGCCUGGUCAAGAAUUUAGUAUCCCAUAUCUCAGAGGUUGGCGAGAACCAGUUGGUGUUAUAUGCACAAAUGGCAAGUCUUGUCAAUAUAAUACUCCAGUGGCCGAAUCUAAAUAUUAAAGAGAUUGCAGAAAAUUUUUCCAAGCUUGCAUGCAAUGCGCACACAGUCUGUGACAGUGAGCUUAUACCAUUAGGAACCGGACUGUAUCCCGUCGUUUCCAUUAUAAAUCACAGUUGCUAUCCAAAUUCCGUUCUGGUGUUUGAGGGACGGAUGGCAACAGUACGUGCGAUGCAACACAUACCCAAAGGUAGCGAGGUAUUGAUAAGCUACAUAGAGACAGCAGGGAGUACAUUGACUCGACAAAAGGCUUUAAAAGAACAGUACUUCUUCACUUGCAGUUGUCCUCGCUGCAUAAAACUUGGUCAGAAAGAUGAUAUUGAAGAAAGUGCAGUUAUUGAAGGUUAUAGAUGCAAGAAUCACACAUGUGAUGGUUUUUUGCUUCGUGAUCCUGAGAGCAAAGGACUUAUAUGCCAACGAUGUGGGCUUGUAAGGGGCAUAGAAGAAAUACUAAAGAUUGCUGGUGAAGAAAAAGCUAUGUCAGAGAAGGCAUCUGCUGCUCUUUCCUCUGGGCAUACUAGUGAAGCCCUUGACAUGUACUUGAUGGUUGAGAAGCUGCAAGUGAAGCUUUGUCAUUCUGGUUCUAUCAAAUUGAUGCGAACUAGGGAAAUUCUCUUAAAAAUACUAAUGGAGAUGCAAGAUUGGAAGAAAGCACUGACAUAUUGUAGACUGACAAUCCCAGUUUAUGAAAGAGUGUACCCUAAUAUCCAUCCUCUCCGUGGGCUGCAAUAUUAUACUUGUGGGAAGCUUAACUGGUUACUUGGACACACAGAAGAAGCCAUUAAAUCACUUACACAAGCAGUUGAUGUAUUGCGCAUCACUCAUGGAACCACUACUCCUUUCAUGAAGGAACUUCUUGGUAAAUUGGAAGAAGCACGCGCGGAAGCUUCUUUCAAGCUCUCAUCGAUGGAUGAUGAAUAGGGAUCAAUCUAUACGGGAGUGUGUUCGAUGUAGAACCAAUUGCAAAAAGUAAGAAACAUAGUGUCAUCGAUGAAAAUUGUUGCAAAAUAUACAUGAUUCGAAAACAAUGAAUGUAUGUGUUGUUGGUUUCUGUUAUUAGUUUAACAUUAGUAUGGGCAGAUUUAUGAUGUCUUAUUUGUUUAUUUUUUUAGGAAUUACCAAAAUAUAACAUUUAAACGGUGAACUAAUCAAAUUUCAUAGUU